UUUACACAUUUUUACACAUUUAUAAAAAAACACGUACCUUAUUUACAUAGGUAUGUAUCCAUUUUCGUAUAAGGCUAUAACGUAACAAAAUGUGGAAAAAGUUAAGGGGUCUGAAUACUUUCCGAAUGCAGUGUACCUAGCCUAUAACACAGCUCACAAUCCCAACAACACCCAAACAAGAGGUCUAACGGUCAAGGAGGGAGCUCAAAGACUAAUGCGUUCGUAACCAAUUUUGAGGUGGUGUUUUGUCACGCACCGCACAGGUGCAGUGAAAUGAUUUUGUUUUAUAGGGUCAGCCAUAGUAGUAUGGCGCCCCCUGGAUCAAAUUAGGGUUAAGUGCCUUGCUUAAGGGCACAUCAACAGAUUUUUCACCUUGUCGUCUCUGGUAUUCGAGCCAAUCUUUCGAUUACUGCCCAUCGCUCAAAUCGCAAGGCUACCCGCCGCUCUUACCAGUUGUGAAGUCGUUAAUACGAGUUGGAUACAUUCACGUGCUUUGAACUCAUUGAAAAACACUCAUUGGCUAAUGAACAACAAUCUGCAUCAACCAUAAACAAAAAGUACAGCUAGACAAUUGUCAAAAGACAAUUGAAUAUUUACCUUAUUGAGGUGAUGUAGAUGGAAUAAAGUCAUUCUAUUCUUUUCUACUCUAUUCUUGCUAACGCACUGUUCUUUCUAAAGUAGUCUGCUCGUUAGAAAGAAUAGAGUAUAAAAUAAUAGAAUGACUUUAUUCCAUCUACAUCAGUUAAGUAUUAAGUAAAUAUUUCAAAAGAUACUGAUCAUAGAUUAGAAGUGUUUUGUAAUAAGCAGUACUGUAUUUCAAAGAACAGCGUGCAUACAUUUUUAAUUUAACCACACCGUUUUGAGUUUCAAUCAAUAAGAUCUGUUCUCUACAGUGUAAUUGUAAGUAGAGGUGCAACCAUGAACAGUAAUAAUAUGGAGUGGCUUGUAUGCAUGGAUGCCAAGGGAAGCUAGGCUUCCUCCAAAAAAUUACCAAGAAACUAAGAAAAAUACAAACAAAACAAUAUUUUGUCUCUCUGUGUUCCAUACAUUUCCUUCAAUUCGCAAGAGGCUGAAUGUAUCUCACCAGGAUAAAGCAUCCAAGGGAACAAAAUCGUGCCCCUCUGUCUCUGUAUGUGUAGCCCAUCUAUGCUGUCUAGUCAAAAAGCGCCUGACAUUGUUGCCACCAUAGCAUUGAAGCAAGGGAAGGGCACCAACAAACAAAAAAAGUCUCAAGGGAAGUCAGUGUCGAUUUGGCUUCAGAUCAAUCACAUCACAUUACAAGCCAAACAUCAUUGACAGAACUUGAAUUGUUGCAUCCUUUCGGUAACUGGCCCAACACUAACCACUAGGCUACCUGCUGCCCCGAAAUGUGGAGGCUUUGUGGUUUACGAGGAGUAGUUGAAGCAUGCCGUGUACUGGAUGGGGGAAAGAAGAAAGCCUGUCGGUAUUAUUGAUGUUUGACAAAGAGUAUCUCCCUUCACAUGUGAAGAUGGGAUAUGUUAUGUCUGCGGUGAGAGCUUCUGUAUCCAAGCCGCUGUUUUGCCAGAAUUGCAAAAGGUAUGGACAUAUAUCAAGUGUGUGCCGAAGGAAUGUUGAAGAAUCUGAGGGUGGACGAUGUUGUAAUUGUGAUGGCAACCACGUUCCCAAUUCCCCGGAGUGCCCGGUCAGGGUAAACGAGUAUGAAGUGGCAAGGGUCAGGGCUAUACAGCAGGUCAUCUACACAGUGACACGUGAAGUAGUUGAAUGAGAGCGGAGCUGAAGGCACGGCGGUGGAUGCUCCGGAGACCGAGUGUUGUUCAACAGUUGAGGGGAACUGAUAUGCUGAUUGUGAAGGUGGAUUUUAGGGUGUUUAUCUCAUAUAUGAUUAAUUGUACUGCAUAAACAAACAGAGUCAAAGAAACGAGCUGAAAUGUUUUGGAGUUUCCAGGACUUCACUGCCGAUACAUUGCAAAAAAUACUGUCCUAAAAUGCUCUUCCUUCUCAGGCCCCAGAUCCCGAAUGAAGGAGUAAAUUGAGUUUUGUUCUUGUUUAUUUGAUUUAGUUAAUUACUUGGGCUGAUAUACAUCCAAAACAGUAGGUGGCAGCAUGGACCUAUAGCAUUUAUUUUCGGACCACCAUAAUAUCAAAGAAGACAGUAGGUGGCUGCAAUACACCAAUAGGUGUAGUCGGCCAUAAAACUUUAAAGAAGAAGAACGGAAGUGAACAGUGACCAGAAACAAGCGUUUAUAUUGAUGUUAUUUAGACGUUUAUUAACACCCUGGAACUAAAACGGUGACACUUUUAACUGCACAGAAUCGCAUAAUUACCCCAGGCAGUUUUUAAUUCGCGUUGAUCACGGGGCUUUGUAUAGAUGCUAGCUGGCUGCUGGUUAGCUAAAAAUGGCUAACGUUAACUGUAUGGUUUUUCACACACAAAUAGCCUCCAUCAUGGAGGUGCUAGCGAAUGCAGCCGUGGCAGAGAUCUGUAAAGUCGUAGACGACGACUAUGCAGUGUUUCGUUUGGAAAUAACUCAAAGCAAGAAAGAAAGCAGGGGAUUGCGGAGGAAACUACAGCUACUGGAACUGAAGGUGGCACGGGAGCGCGCAGAGAGAAUAAUGCGAGAGCGCGUCCUCGCCAGUCGUCCCAGUAGUGUCAAGAUCCUCGACCGAUACAAAGGAAUGACAAGAGGUGAAGGACAUCUACCUGGAGGCCACAAGAGCUUUGUGAAGCCAGUGGGUCACAAUACAUGGAGAGAUGACCAACCAAUCACUGUUGAUGAGGGGAGUGGAACCUCAACCCAUCACGUUAUCGUAGAGUCUGCAGAUACAGAGGCUGUAGCUCCUGGGGUCAAACUGGAGAGGUCUAAAGGAGAGCAGUACCCACGGCAUAGUGAUGACAUUGAGACUGGACUGGCUGGAGUGCCCCCUGUAGCCACGAAGGACCCCACAACCGCCUCAGUGCGGCCCAGAACUCAACACAGCAUCACGGAGGUCAGUGGACUCCUGAACACCGUCCUCAAGACAGAGACAGAUACCAACACUUUAACUGUAACACGCAGGCUGUUACACACAGGAUCUGACCACAGAUCAGACCCAGAGAGGCUGGGGCCACUGGGCUGUCCUCCUGCUUCUAGCUCAGAGUGUUUACCGGUAUUUCGCCAGAGGACAGUUCAUUCCUGUAGGGAUGGUGACGCGUUAGACACCGGAGGUGAUGAUCUGUCUUGUUCUUAUGCUACAGAGAUGGACCCUGGCAACAUAUCCUUGGGUUUAGAAACACAGACUGAUCAGUCUAGAGAGGAUUGGAACCAGUGCAGUAGUAGUUUAUACUCUGAAGGGUGCCUAGAUAAGAAAGGGGAGUGUAUAGUGGUAGAUGAGGUGACUGUGAAAGUGGAGGGCGACGCUCCUCCCACAUGGAAUGCAGAUAGUCACCUAGGAGACGGACACUCACAGGGCAGAGAUUUCUUAGAUUAUAGGAAAAGCUUAGAGACAAAUCCAAAUGUUGUUACUCACUCCCCUUUACACGCACUCGGGGAUAGCGACCCAGUGUCCACGUCGAUGGGGCCUUCCAAUUCACACAGCCGCGUCCUUUUCGAUCAGGUAUUGAACUCAAACGACAGGGUUAGAGCCCAGGCUCAGGGAGGGGGAGCCACAUCAGGCAAUAGCAAAGAGAAACAGUUCCUCUGCAUGUUCUGUAACAAAGGCUUCAGCUGCCUCCAGAAGGUGGAGAUCCACCAGAGGAUCCACACAGGGGAGAAACCAUUUAGUUGUACCCAGUGUCAUAUGCGCUUCACCCAGGCUGGCCACCUGAAGAGACACCAGAUGGUCCACACAGGAGAAAAACCCUACAGCUGUACCCAGUGUCACAUGCGUUUCGCCCAGGCUGGUGACCUGAAAAGGCACCAGAGGGGCCACACAGGGGAGAAACCCUACAGCUGCCCCCUGUGUGAGAAGAGCUUCUCAGAGAGGACCUACCUCAGGAUACACCAGCAGAAAAAACAUUCCACUCAAUAGAAACAUAGAAAAUUACCAUUCUACCUGAUAGCUUCUGACUUGAGAUCAAACCCUUCACUAAAGACAAUGAUGCAUUUUUAUUUUUGUCAGUAGAAAAGACCAACAGAUGCAUUUGGAAUAACGAGAUUCACAGAUUUCAGUGUUGAAUAUUCCUGGAUAGAAUAAUGCAUGCAGACAUUGUGUGAUAUUUAAAGACAUAUAUAAGCCUAAACAGUCUGUUACAUGUUGUGUUUGUACUAUGUAGGCCAGGGCUGGGCAAUUGGCAGAAAUUUCUCCACCUAAUGUCAAAUUGUGUAGAGUUGCAGUAGACUUGCUUUAAAACUGCAACAUUAUUUCUACGCCCAAUGGUAAAAUGUGUAGAUUUGUAGGAAUUUGAAUCAAAAGUUUCUCUCUGCUGUCAAGAGGGGGGGGCCUCUAAAAAAUUUUGCUCGUGGGGGCGGGGGGGUCCGAUUUUUUUCUGGACCCCACUCCCGUCAACGUUGCCCAUCUAUGGUGUCUCCACCUAUGAGUAGCUUGCCAAACAUUUCUGAAAGUACAUGCACUUUUCAUGUGUUCCAACAAAUCUCACAAGUAUCAGACACAGCAAGCUCCCAGCUACUAUCUAGUCAACGUUGCAUUGACAUUAUCCCACCCCUGGUUAGUCACUAUUGGCUUAAAAAAGCCAAACUUAACACAAUAUCUACCAAUUCAUUUUCAGCAAUAUUGCCCAUCUGUCUGUAUGGUGCAGGCAUUUGUCUCCCUCUGUGUAGCCAGUUGAUGUGAUAACUGUCUUUUGAGUUUCCCCAAAACCUUCUCAAUUAAAUGUUGUGUUUGUA